CGUCGUGCGUAUGAGCGCAAGCCCGCGGCAUCAGAGGGCCAAACGAUCACAACACACGCGCGAGGGGUCGCAGCGACGACAAAGUACUCAACUUGCGGGCGAGCUCCUCAGACAUAGCUUAGUGCAGCAGCACUGAGCAUCUGUAUUAGUAUACUCACCCACGGUCUACGCCGACAACGUACAACAAAUGUGCCGCGCGGCCCCCACACCGGCAACGGUGCCGAGGAAGACCCUCGUCCAGCUCUACGCCGCAUGUAUGCUAGAGCUCGCCGUCGUCGCGUUCCUGGCGUUUUACGAGCCGCCGAAGGACUACAACAAAUGCGCGGCGGCCUUCUUCGCGCUCGGCACGACGACGAUAGACCUCGUCCUGCUCGCCGCCGUCCGCUGCGCUACAUAUAUCGUCAUAGCGCACCGCACGCCGCCGUCGAACGAGUCGGCGGACCUCUGGGCCGAGCGCCUGUCGCACGUUUCCCUCAUACAACUCACCUACGGCAUCGCCAAGGGCGUGUCGCGCGCUUUAGGAGCGCGGCUCGACUGCCACAGCUCUACAGAAAUAUUUGAUGGCUGCUGCGCGGCGUUCGCGGUCUUCGCGUCAAUUGGUCCGGCGUUCCUUGAACGAAGGCUGCGCACGAAGGCGAAGCGGACUGGAUUGAAUGAGCCGCUCCUAGGUGAAGACGACGAGCCCAAACGGAAGACGACCUCCACCGUCAAAGCCAUCGCGUCCAUCGCGCGGCCGGACGCGCACCUCUUCUGGCUCGCCAUGGUCUUUGCGGUCCUGGCCGCAUUGGCGACGUCCGCGGUGAGCCUCUGGACGGGCGACGCGUUGGAUGCGCUCAUCGCCCACGGCGACGGCGCCAAGUUCAAGAAACUCAUUCUGCAACUCAUGCUCAUUUCAGUAGCCGGCGCGGCCUGCACGGGGUGUCGCGGCGGCAUCUUCUCCUGGAUCGGGGUGAGGAUCAACGUUAGAAUUAGGGACAAGCUCUUCCGCCACCUGGUCGGUUUAGAAUUAGGCUACUACGACGUGACGCCUACUGGUGAUUUGAACAGCAGAUUAGCGUCGGACACGUCAAAGGUCGGCGACCAGGUCUCACUCAACGUCAACGUCUUCGCGCGGACGGCCGUGCAGCUCGCCACCACCCUCGCCUUCAUGGUGCACACGUCGCCGCCCCUCUCGUUGGUGGCGUGCUGCGCCGUGCCGGUGAUUGGCGUCGCGACGAAGCGCUACGGUAAAUUGGUGUGGGGCCUCAGCAAAAAAAUGCAGAACGAGCUCGCGGGUGCCAUGCGCGUCGCCGAGGAGGCGUUCAGCAGUAUGCUGACGGUGCGGUCCAUGGCCGCGGAGCCCCUCGUCUGCGCCGACUUCGGGGAAGCCCUCCAAAAGUACGCGCGCGUCGGGCGGUUGCAAGCGUUGUUGUACGCCUGCUGGCAGUCGUUCAACACGGCCCUCCCGAACCUCAUGACCUGCCUCCUGCUCUUCUACGGGGGCCACGUCGUCGACAAGGGCGAGCUGCGGUCGGGGAGGCUUGUGUCGUUUAUGCUCUUAACUCAAUCGCUCUCGGACUCGUUCAACACGCUCGCGGACAUGUAUAGUAAUAUUGCCGAUGCGUUGGGGGCAGCCGACAAGGUCUUCGAGCUCCUGGAGCGGCGACCGGCGGCCGACGCGCCGCCCGCGCCACUAAACAUGGACGACGACGACGACGCGCCGUGCCGCGGCGACGUCAGCUUCGAGGACGUCGCGUUCACGUACCCCGCGCGGCCCGAUACCGAGGUCCUGCGCGGCGUGUCGUUCCGCGCCGCGCCCGGCGAGGUCGUCGCGCUCGUCGGGCCGUCGGGCUCGGGCAAGUCGAGCGCGCUCGCACUACUCCAGAACUUCUACGCGCCAUCUCGCGGCGCUGUCCUCCUCGACGGGAGGCCCGUGACGGCGCGGUCCCACGCGUGGCUCCACCGGCGCAUCGCCAUGGUCGGCCAGGAGCCCGUCCUCUUCGCGCGGUCGAUCGCCGCGAACGUCGCGUACGGCCUCCGAAAGCCUCCUUCCGACGAGAAGGUUGCCGAGUGCCUGCGGGCGGCGAACGCGGCGUCCUUCAUCGACGAACUGCCGGAGAAGGCGGACACGGAGGUCGGCGAGCGCGGCGCGGCGCUGAGCGGCGGCCAGAAGCAAAGAGUGGCCAUCGCACGUGCGCUUUGCAGGGAUCCGGCCGUUUUAUGCUUGGACGAGGCGACUUCGGCGCUGGACGCGGAGUCGGAGCGCUGCGUGCAAGACGCAUUGGACGCGCUUAUCGAGGCGUCGUCGAUCACGGUGCUGGUCGUGGCCCACCGCCUGUCGACGGUGCGCGAUGCGGAUAGAAUAUGUGUCAUGAAAAGGGGGCUGCUCGUGGAGACGGGCACGCACGACGAUCUGUUUCAGCGCGACGGCGUCUACGCCGACUUGGUGCGGCGCCAGACGCGGCUGGCGCGGAGCGACUCGCAGUCGCUCCUCUCGCAGAAGUCGUCGUCGGCGUCGUUGGGCGACGCCGUGUAAGAUAGUCUGUUUAAA